AGAAAAGGCCUAGUUGACAACAUGUGGAUGGUGGGUUACAGUGAAGGUGGUGAGUUCAACAUGGCUGAUUAUCCAUUAUGUGGAAGGAAACUAAGGCCUCUCAUGUCAAGACCAGUCCCAAUCCCAGUCCCUACUACUUCUCCUAACAACACUUCAACUAUAACUCCUUCCUUAAACCGCAUUCAUGGUGGCAAUGAUUUAUUUUCACAAUAUCAUCACAAUCUGCAGCAGCAAGCAUCAGUAGGAGAUCAUAGCAAGAGAUCAGAGUUGAAUAAUAAUAAUAAUCCAUCUGCAGCAGUGGAAGAAUUGUAUAGAAGAGGAACAAGAACACCUUCUGCUGAGCAAAUCCAACAAAUCACUGCCCAGCUUAGAAAAAUUGGAAAAAUUGAAGGCAAAAAUGUUUUCUAUUGGUUUCAGAAUCACAAAGCCAGAGAAAGGCAAAAACGACGCCGUCAAAUGUUCUUAGUGAAAAUGGGCUUUUGGAGAGUGUUGUUUUCGGUUGGUUUUGGAGAGAAAUGAAAAUGGGCUUUCGUUUGGUUUGAUGGGAGGGGGGUGUAUGACAAAAUGGAUUGGGGUGUAAGAAGCAAUUAUGCACGGUGCAUAAGGAAAUCCUUAUGCACCAUAACCACUUCCGUCCGGCAGAUGCUGCUGGUCCGGUCCAUUCGCGUUAAGGCCAGUACUCCUUUUUGUCAAUUUAGACUAGUUGUCAUAAUAAACCCUUCAUUUGGUCUCUAAACUACCACUAUCUUACCAAUUUAGUCA